AUGGAAAACGAAUCUGUAAAGUCAGAACACAGCGGACGAUCUCGACGUUCUCGCAAUCAUAAUAAUAAUAAUAGUUCAAGUGCCGGUGGAGGUAGUGGUCUGGGUAGUAACAGCGGCGGUGGCACGGUGAAUAACGGUUAUCACCGUGAUCGAACACGACAUUCUCACCGAAGUGGACACACAAAAUCAAGUAAUAAACACCAACGUAGUGAUAUGGCACCGUUCCAAACCAGCAUCAACAUGACGGGUGAAGAAAACCGUGACGGUCAAGAAAUUAUCGAGGUGCAAAUAUUACCUCAAGAUGAAAAUUGGGGUGAGAACACCACUGCAGUCACGGGUAAUACGUCUGAACAGAGCAUAUCUAUGGAAGAUAUUAAUAACGCCUGGCAUAGAGAAAACGACACCAGUUUUGGUUUUGCUUGUCGACGUCGUUUGGAAUCAGCUUUUUCACUACUACUUGGUUUUGUCUCAUUCUUUUCACCUGUUGCCAUGGUAGUAAUGCCACGCAUGGGCUUUUUUCCUUCCGCCUUUGAUCAUGCCGAACUGACGCAAACUGUGCGCACACAACUUUUGGCUUGCAGCAGCGAAUGUAAAGGUCUGCUCGUCUCAUUAACUGCCAGGCUCUUAUUAUUGGCAAUUGGGUUAUGGGCUCUUUUUAUGCGUCGUUCAGCUGCAACCAUGCCAAGGAUAUUUCUAUAUCGGGCCGUUGUAUUAUUACUCGUCACUAUAUGCACAUUUGCUUACUGGCUUUUCUAUAUGGUGCAGGUCACAAAUGGUGCGAAAGUGGUAGUCGAGACUGGCGGAGAUGCAGUAAAUUACAAGUCAUUGGUUGCCUAUGCAACAAAUUUGGUAGACACACUACUAUUUAUACAUUAUAUAGCAGUGGUUUUACUUGAACUACGCCACCAACAGCCCAUGUAUUAUGUUAAGAUUAUUCGUUCACCUGAUGGCAUAUCACGCUCUUAUAUGUUAGGUCAAUUGAGUAUACAACGUGCAGCAGUUUGGGUAUUACAACGAUACUACGUAGAUUUUUCCAUCUUUAAUCCCUACUUAGAACGUAUACCGAUUUCAAAAUCACAGCGCAACAAAAUCUCAACAAGUUUUAAAUACUACGAUGUAGACGGUGGUAAUAAUGCUCAACAACAGAGCCAAAGUCGUGCCGUAUUGGCGGCCAAUGCACGCAGACGCGAUUCAUCGCAUAAUGAACGUUUCUAUGAAGAGCAUGAAUAUGAACGACGUGUCAAAAAGCGACGUGCGCGUCUUAUCACCGCAGCCGAAGAAGCAUUUACGCACAUAAAACGCAUACACAAUGAACCAGCACCAGCUGUACCACUCGAUCCACAAGAAGCAGCACAAGCGGUAUUUCCUUCGAUGGCGCGUGCAUUGCAAAAAUAUUUACGAGUCACACGUCAACAACCACGACACACUUUCGAAAGUAUAUUAAAACAUUUGGCACAUUGCCUUAAACAUGAUCUAUCACCUCGGGCAUUUCUCGAACCAUAUCUAACGGAAGCGCCAGUAUUGCAAAGUGAAAAGGAACGCCGUUGGGUACAGUCGUGGUCGUUAAUUUGUGAUGAGCUUGUUUCAAGACCCAUCUCAAAUGAAUGUACUUUCCAAUUGAUACAAAACGAUGUUUCCCUCUUAGUCUCCAUACAUAAAUUGCCGCAUUUCAAUAUAGCCGAAGAGGUGGUCGAUCCAAAAAGUAAUAAAUUUGUACUGAAAUUAAAUUCAGAAACAUCUGUAUGACAACAAACGUCUAACAAUAUGACACCAACACCAACGCACAGUAAUGUAACGCAAUCCUCAUAUCUACAUGUGUUUGUAUAGGCGCCGCCACAAUCCCAAUUGUAAACUGUUAUAGACUUUUUCUUAGUACAUAUCCUAAUUGUGCAUAUGUACGAGGGCAUCACAAAAAGUUUUCGAAUUGCUCAGCAUACCCGGUCUUUCCUAAACAUUGACACGCACACAUAUCAAGUAAGUAAUAAUAUCAAUGCUGUACUUAGUAAACUCCUAUCGUAUUUCCGAAGUAUUAGCUAUGGCAGCCAAAUAAUAGCAAUGAAAAAUCUUUUAUUAAUUUUAAGAAACUCAAAUUUGGUGUAUGUAAGUUAGUGAAGGUUUUAAAAUAAAUUUUGUAAACAAGAUAUGAAUGUAGCUCUAAUAAUGGUGUGAAAGAUAUUAUUAUGAAGAAUUUGACAAAGUUUGUUUAUAUAAUUUUUAACACAUACAUAUAUAUAAUAUAUAUAUAAUUUUUUUAAUUUGUAGCUGAAAGCCUAUAGUAAUGAAUAUGAAAAUUAUGCUCGACAGUAUCUUCUUUGUCAUUAUCUUAACAAAAAUAUAUAUUUCUCUUGCCAAAAAAUUUUAUUGAGUUUGGCUAUUAGUUCUUUUUUUUUUUAAGUUAGCUCUUUAUUUGUACUUAUUGGAUACAUUCAUCAAAUUCCAAGUUCUGUGCUGCUUUUAUGAAUUUCAAUUCAAUUUAUUUAUUAACUUGAAAUCUAACUAUAUUGAAUCUGUCAACUCGCACUUAAUCAACUUCUGGAAAUAUUUAAUAAGCAUAGUUAAUAUUUAGCACGUAAUAAAAAAAAAUAGCCGUAAGACUUCUAAUUCUCAGUUCAUCACAUGCAAUAUCGGGGUCUUUUAUUUAGACGUAACAUUUCUGCAAAAGAAACUCGUUGAGAACAACUAAAUAUAAACCCCAGAUAAGCGUAUGUAUGCAACUGAGUAUAUUUAUAAUAAGCUGAGUACUAUAACCUGUUAACUAAACUCUACUCAAUUAAAACAAUCGUAUGAGCAUUCAAUAUUAAAAUGUUUCCUUCAAUGUCAAAGUUCUCUAUAUCAUCUAAUAAGAAAAUUAAUCUCAAGCAACUUCUGCAUCUAAUUCACAAACUUAAAACGCACUCAAUAAACAAAAUAUAACUCGGUAUAUGAAAGAGUUACUAACAGGAAAUACUGACAAAUAAACCACAAGUAUCGUUGGAGACUGCACAACUGCCAGUUUUAUAUGAGAUGAGAUUUUAAACAAAAAAAUAUAAUAGCUACUAAAAAUCAAAACACCAGAAAUAUGCAUUUUUAUACGA